GCUUAGAUUGGUCGACUUCACCAAGCUGCUUCCGGACACUAAAGCGUUGAGUGAGUUUUGUCGGAAAGUAACUUGUCAGCUAUUGCGCAUAUCUGCACUUUGAUUAUUUGUCUUUUCAUGGCGAAGAGGCACGCUGACAACACUUUAUUUUCCCAAUCACCCGCUAAGAAAAAAAUCCGGUCCCUUUGUCGUGUUGUUGAUUUACACCUCGAGAGCAUGGCUGUGUACGGGGGCGUGAGCCCAUCGUGCAAGCUAGCUUUGUUGAAUGAUCGUUGCAGAAAAAGACGACAUAGUUUAGGAAUUUCAGAUGUUGCACAAGAAGAAGCGCCUCUGCAUCUCAAGGCGGCAAACCCAGACGCGCUCAAGGAGAGUAUGUCUCAUCCGCACACAUGCGGUCGUUAUCAUGAAUAUCUGGACUCCACCACGGCCAGAAAACGACGCCGAGAAGAAUCGGUGGGAUUAGGGACUGCCGCUGCUAAGGUUUACGAUGAAACAGACGCCGAUAAUGAAGAUUGCACUUACAACUCAUUUCAGUACUGGAAGGUCCCUUUGCCUCAACUCGACCUUUCGCUCCUGGAGGAAACCACAGAACGGUGCCAAAUAAAACACAAUUUAAUUGUCAGAAACGCUUUGGAUGCAAUGGAGACUUGAAAUCCAACACUUAAGGGAGCAAACUUAAAGCACAGAUUGUUGGAAAAAUAUGAAUAUAAUUGUCAAUGUCAAUUUAUUGAAACGCAAAGCGAUACAGAUAUUCUUUGACCUGGUGACCAAAGCUUUUUUCCCUUCAAGAAGUUGUUUUAAUGGAAAGCCAUUUGAUCAUUUAUUCAUAUCCUAUGAUCUCCGCCUUCACAAGCAAAACAGUUUAGUGUAUUCGUCAAACUUCUAUGUCUUACACAUACAGUAUAUGUUUUUACACUACUCCUUUCUACUACUGAAUUACAUUUAUGUUUACUCGAAGGACAACUUUGGCAUAUUAGAAGAACAAGCACGUUACUCUAAUGUGGCAGAUUUGUCAUUGACACCUUUGUGGUGCUACAACCAACUAGUAGAAUUUUACAACAUCACUAGUACUGUAUUGGAAAAACAACUAAAAAUGUAGCCUCUUAAAAUAAACAACACAUCGACACUUGGCCUUCAGGUUCCUCUACCAGCAUUGUAAAGACUGAAUGGAAUUCGGGCAUGCGCUGUCCAAUAUAUCCCGUGUGCAUGACCUGAUUAGACCUGCAAAGACGAGAGGCAAAACUUCUAAGUCUGAGCAUCUAAGUCUCAGAAUCAUCCAGCUGUGAUUGAUUAAAUACAAUGAAAAUGAAAUGACUUGAACAAAGGAGAAUAUUCAAAAGCACUGUCACUAGUAGGAGGAUUAUUAGUUGGACUAUUAUUUGCAUACAGUUGUCAACUAGUGCACAGUUUUCACUUCCUAAAACUUGUAGUAACAGAGUUGCCCUAGUAUGCCAAUGUUGUCCUACAAGUGAAGACAAAGAGCAGAGAGGUAUCUUGUUUUUGGCCAUCACAUUCAGCAGUGUCCUGUUUUUUGACAUGUAGUGGUUUUGUACAUGUUGGAGAAAUGUGAAUCAGUGCACCUGUUCAGAUGUUUUAUAGUCUACAUCAGGGGUCACCAACGUUGUGCCCAUGGACACCAGGUAGUCCCCAAGGACCACAUGAGUAGCUGCAGGCCUGUUCUGAAAAUAGCUCUCCUGGAAUGGGACAUUGUGAAUUCCUAGAAAUGUUGAAGUAAUCAUUUGAAAAUGUCAACACUGCAGAGAUGAAUGGAAAUAAAGUGUUUUACUG